AUGAAGCUUACUGCAUCGCUCACACUGCUGACCCAGGCCCUGGCAGCCUUGGGCGCCGACACAACCUCGUGGAAGUCGCGCACAAUCUACUUUGCCCUGACGGAUCGCGUGGCGCGCAGCGAAAACGACAAUGGCGGCAACGCCUGCGGCAACCUGGGAGACUACUGCGGCGGCACCUUUCAAGGCCUGCAGAGCAAGCUGGACUACAUCAAGGGCAUGGGCUUUGAUGCCAUCUGGAUCACCCCCGUGGUUGAAAGAGAUUCUGCUAGGGGUUACCACGGAUACUGGGCCAAGGACCUGUAUUCCAUCAACAGCCACUAUGGCACUUCUGAUGACCUCAAGAAUCUUGUCAACGCUGCACACGACAAGGGCAUCUAUAUGAUGGUUGACGUUGUUGCAAACCACAUGGGCAAUGGUCCCAUCAGCGAAAACAAGCCCUCGCCUCUCAACCAGGCCUCCUCCUACCACCCGGCAUGCGCCAUCAACUACGAUGACCAGCACAGCAUCGAAGUUUGCCGCGUCGGCAACCUCCCCGACCUCGACACCACUGAUCCCGCCAUCCGCAGCCUGUACAAGGACUGGAUCAAGUGGCUCAUGCGGACGUACCAUUUCGACGGCAGCCGCAUCGACACGGUCAAGCACGUCGAAAAGGACUACUGGCCCGACUUUGCCUGGGCCUCGGGCUCCUACACCAUUGGCGAGGUGCUCAGCGGCGACCCGGACUAUUUUGCCGGCUACGCCAAGCUCAUGGGCGGCCUCGUCAACUACCCCAUCUACUUCCCCCUCAACCGCUUCUACCAGCAGCAAAACUCGUCGCAGGCCCUCGUCGACAUGCACAACCGCGUCGGCGCGCUCGUGCCCGACGCCGCCACCCUCGGCACCUUUGUCGACAACCACGACCAGCCGCGCUUCCUGGCGCAGAAGAACGACGUCUCGCUCUUCAAAAACGCCCUCACCUACGUCAUGCUCGCCCGCGGCAUCCCCAUUGUCUACUACGGCUCCGAGCAAGGCUACAACGGCGGCGGCGACCCCAAUAACCGCGAGGACCUCUGGCGCAGCGGCUACCGCACCGACGCCGACGUGUACAAGUUCCUGCAGGCUCUCGGCCGCGUCCGCAGCGACCACGGCGGCUUGCCCGGCGACGACCACGUGCAUCUGUUUGUCGAGAAUGACGCCUACGCCUGGAGUCGCCAGGACGGCGCCGUCGUUGCCCUCACGAGCAACAUUGGCCAGGGCCAGCAGCGCCAAUUUUGCUUCUACACGCAAAAGAAGAACAAGACGUGGAGGGGCGUCUUUGACGGACAAACGUACACCUCGGGCGGAGACGGAAAAAUGUGCGCCACGGUGCACAACGGCGAGCCAAUGGUUUUCGUUGCGCAGUAA